AUUUGUUACAGUAGGCCGUGAGACCCUUUCUAGGGUUUUAUUCGUCUUUCACUCAAGAGGACCCUUCCUCCUCCCAAAAUCAAUAAAGAAGUGACCCAUUUUAACACUAUCCACAAAGAAUGACUUUUUCUCUUCGGCGCACAUGCUUGGAAAAAAAAACGGAGCAGAGAGAUCGGACAUGGAUGGGCAUUACCAUAGCGACAUAGGCGGACACCCAUCUUCUUAUCGCGAUGGAUAUGGUAAACCUUCUUGGAUUGCCAGGGAACAAAAAAUGCAAGGUUCGCGCGACCGACAAUCUAUGUCGUUCAAAGAAUCUGGUCCUUCACCUGCUUAUCUCUCACCCGCAAUGGCAUUUGUCACACACCCCUCUUAUGUCCACCUCAGAGCACGAACUUCAACAUCGGAUGGUCAAAAAUGUGCCAGCAAUCGUUCAGUGCAAUCUCCUCCUCCUUCUUUUACGACUACAUUCAGUUCUGAUCCUUACAGCAUCGACGAACAUUCUCUUGUUUCCUCUCCUUCAUCUUUGCGUGCACCUUCUCAGCAUUUCUAUCGAUCACAAGUUCGAUCAUCGACAGAAUUGAAAUUAUUCAAUCAAUUGUGGGAUGUGAUGUUGGAAGUACGUAGGCAUAUCGAAAGAUAUCAAUCAAAAAAUUCUGCGGAAGGACCUCGGCCUUUACCUUCAAUCCGUGAUGGUGAUGUUGCAACUCUGACUUCACACUUGCUUUAUGAGAUUGAUGUCUUAGCCGAAGCUGAUGGUCGAUCGGCUGAUCAUUUUGCAUUGGAUGUUCGUCAUUUACACGACCAAUUCUCCCAUCGAAGACAAAGAAUGCGUGCACGAUCAAGCACAGUCUUCAUGGCCUCUAAUCGAGAUCGCUCAAGUUUUUCGCAUUAUCAACCACAUCAACAAUACCACAGUUUUUCUUCUACUUUUCCGCCAAACCAUCCAAAGGGACCUGUAUCAUCUUCGCAAAUGCCGCAAGGCACUCCUUUAAUGCCGGGCGGAUAUAGCGAAACGCCUUCGAGUGCUCCUCACACGACACGAGGUCAAGAAAUGUACUUUCCAGCGUACAACUAUCAUAGGCCAGAAUACGGGAUGCAUGGCCGAGAGACAAUAAACCAAAGAGUGAUGGAACUUGAGUGCAGAGUUUCUUCAGGUUAUGCAACGCCAAUGUAUGACGGUCGAUUCAUUACUGGCCCUUCUUCACCUCAAGAUGAUAUGCGGUCCAUGUCAUCCGCCCAUUUAGGUGGUCCAGGAACCAUAUCUUACUCUCAUCACGGAAGAAUUUCACAAGCGAUGCCAAGAAGAGUACGUAAAAGACGUGAUGAAGCUGAGCAAAGUUGUGUAAGUUGUUCUGCAGAAGAGACGCCUGAAUGGCGAAAAGGUCCAUCAGGUUCAAGAACAUUGUGCAAUGCUUGUGGAUUGUUGUAUGCCAAAGAAUGUCGAAAACGUGAUCUAGACCUUCAAGCACACGGAAAACUUCGAAGAGGAUCACAGACAGGCGGAGGAGAUGACAUGACACAAGAAAAACGUAAGAAUAGUCUAUUGGAAUUGCAAAUAGCCGUUCAAGCUCGUGUGAUUCAAUCCAAUCCUAUCCUAUGGGAAUGCCAGACGGCAUACACUCAUCCUAUUCAGGUAACAAAACCUCAAAUGAGGUCGGAGGCAGCGUGUUCAAAGUACCAAAUCAAUAAGUCCAAACCGGUGAACGAUCACAUCCGUUUUUACCUUCAUUGAUGCGUCAAUGAUUGAUAUAUUUUCGAGAGUCUAACCUUUGUACAAUCAUUUUUCUUAGAAAAUUUUUUUUUCCGUUCCCUUCAAGCGCUUCGAUAAUCAAAUCCUUGUAUAGUUUGGUCUCAUUGCAUUUUGUCCUCUCCUUCUUGUCUACUGUCACAUUAUCCUUUCUUUUUUAUCUUUCUUUCCUCCUACAAGGAUACCGGUAAUAUUAUUCAUUACAAU